AUUUCCACUUUAUUUAUAGCCAUUGUUUAUGUCCAAUGGUUGCUAUGGUGAUAAACGCUUAAUGACUACCCAACUGCCCAAUCACAUGCCGUCUUGUCUGUCCGAACUGCUUUAGCCAAUCCGAGCACAGGAGGCGGGACGUCUCGGUAUACGGGUGCGAAAAAAUAACGCACUCCAAAUGGUUAAUUUUUCCCCCCGUAAUAAAUCAAUCAGGGUUUUUGCGAAUGUUUUGCCUACAUUCACAAAGAAGGCUGAAAAGAAACUGCAGGAACCUUCAGCUUCACCUUCACCAUGGGCUCUAAGCGGAGGAGGGCCACCUCCCCGUCCAGCAGCGUGAGCGGUGGAGACUUUGAAGACAGCCAGCCGGGACCGACCUCCUCUUCCAGCCGAAAGAGAAGAAGAACAGCAAAUAUUCCUACGGUUGAUCCUAUUGCAGUGUGUCAUGAACUUUACAACACUAUUAGAGACUAUAAGGAUGAACAGGGCAGGAUGCUGUGUGAACUCUUCAUCAGAGCACCAAAGAGAAGGAAUCAGCCUGAUUACUACGACGUUGUGGCGCAGCCAAUUGACAUGAUGAAGAUCCAGCAGAAGCUGAAGAUGGAGGAGUACGACGAUGUGGAGCAGCUCACGCUCGAUUUCCAGCUCCUCUUCAACAACACUAAGACCUACUACAAGCCCGAAACCCCAGAGUACCGAGCUGCAUGUAAGUUAUGGGACCUUUACAUUCGCACCAAGAAUGAGUUUGUUCAGCGAGGAGACUAUGACGAAGACGACGAUGAUGGUGACGAUACACGAGAAACUCCAGGAGGCGCCAUGGAGGACGAGGCGAGAGCUGCAGCCAGUCUUAAGGAGGUUUUGGAGCAGCUGCUCGACACGGUGUUGAGACACACCGAACACGGACGACUCGUCAGCGAACUCUUCCAGAGACUUCCUUCUAAAAUUCAAUAUCCGGAUUAUUACACUAUUAUCAAAGAGCCAAUAGAUCUCAAGGCCAUUGCACAAAGGAUACAGAUCAGCUACUACAAAAGCGUGAAUCAUAUGUCCAAAGACAUCGACCUGCUGGUCAAAAACGCUAAAACCUACAACGAGCCCGGCUCGCAGGUGUUCAAGGACGCAAACACGAUCAAAAAGAUCUUUUCCCAGAGGAAGAUGGAGCUCGAGCACAUGGAGCCUAUAAAAAGCAGCAUCCGUAUCAGGAACAGAAAAUCUGUGCACGGAGACAGGCUCUCUUCAAUUACCAUGGCUUUACAGUACGGCUCUGAGAGUGAUGAAGACGGCAUUCUCACUGGCUCGGUACAUUAUGAUGAGGGCGAAUCAGAGGCUGAGAGCAUCCACUCCAACAUGGACAUGUCCAAUCCCAUCUUCCAGAUGUAUGAGGCUAUACGAGGAGGCAGAAACAGUCAAGGGCAGCUCAUAGCUGAGCCUUUUCUUCAGCUGCCCUCUAGGAAGGACUACCCAGACUACUUCCAGCAGAUUAGCCAGCCCAUUUCCCUCCAGCAAAUUCGUGAUAAGAUGAAGAAUAACGAAUACGAGAGCGUGGAACAGAUGGACGCUGAUCUGAAUAUGAUGUUUGAAAACGCAAAGCGCUACAACGUCUCCAACUCCCACAUCUACAAACGUGCCCUGAAACUGCAGCACAUUCUUCAGUUGAAAAGAAAAGAGCUAGGAAGAAGAGAGGAUGAGGAUGGUGAUAGUAUGCUGUCCUCUACUCUGUCAGAUGGCAGCACCACCAAACGCAAGAGUUAUAAAAAGAACACGAAGAAGAACCGUUUGAAGUCUCUGUACCAGGUCGUCACCGAGGCUCGAGAAGUCGGCACCGGUCGUAGACUCUGCGACUUAUUCAUGGUCAAACCUUCUAAGAAAGACUAUCCAGACUACUACAAGGUCAUUCUCGAGCCCAUGGACCUGCGCACUAUAGAACACAACAUCCGCACGGAUAGAUACGCCAACGAGGACACCAUGCUGGAGGACAUGAAGCUGAUGUUCCGCAACGCGAGACACUACAAUGAAGAAGGAUCACAGGUGUAUAAUGAUGCUAACACUCUGGAAAAGAUUAUGAAGGAGAAAAAGCGAGAACUCGGGCCUGCUCCAGAAGAGGAGGACAUCAUCUCCCCAAAGCUCAAAAUAAGAAAGAGUGGGAUCUCUCCAAAGAAGUCCAAAUACCUGACGCCACUGCAGCAGAAGCUGAACGAGCUCUACGAGGCGGUAAAGAACUACACAGACAAGCGAGGCCGUCGGCUCAGCACCAUCUUCCUGCGCCUGCCAUCCCGAGCUGAACUGCCGGACUACUAUCUGGCCAUUAAGAGGCCUAUAGACAUGGAGCGGAUCAAAAGCCACAUGCUGGCCAACAAGUACCAGGACGUGGAUGCUCUGGUGGAGGACCUUGUGCUGAUGUUUAACAACGCUUGUACCUAUAACGAACCCGAGUCGCUCAUCUAUAAAGAUGCUCUGGUGCUUCACAAGGUACUUUUGGAGACCAGGAGGGACUUGGAAGGAGGCGACGACUCUAAUGUCCCAGACGUACCUCGCCUCAUCCAGGACCUGAUUCGCAGCCUCUUCUUUUCAGUUCUGGGUCACCAGGACGACGAAGGUCGUUGCUAUAGUGACUCGCUGGCCGAGGUCGCAGCCGAGGACCCGGCAAAUCCCGACAGGCCUCGACUGAACUUCGAGAUCAUAAGGGCAAACGUAGAGAAAGGGCGCUACAAGAGGUUAGACGUCUUCCAGGACCACAUGUUUGAAGUGCUAGAGAAAGCCAGGAGAAUGCAUAGGACGGACUCCGAGAUCUUUGAGGAUGCGGUGGAGCUGCAGCACUUCUUCAUCCGGAUCAGAGAUGAACUGUGUAAGAACGGAGAGAUCCUGCUCACCCCGGCGCUCAGCUACACUUCCAAACACCUGCACAGUGAUGUGGAGAAAGAAAAGAAAGAGAAGCUGCCCAGAGAGUUUGAAGAAGACAAGCUCAAAAGGGAGGAGGAGAAAAAAGAAGCAGAGAAAAGUGAGGAAUCAUCUGCCGGGACUUGGCAAGGAGGCCUCCAGCGCACCUACAGCCAGGACUGCAGUUUUCGUGAUAGAAUGUAUCACGUAGGGGAUUACGUCUACGUAGAGCCUGCUGAAGCGAACCUCCAGCCUCACAUCGUCUGCAUAGAGCGCCUCUGGCAGGAUGACACAGGAGAGAAAUGGCUUUAUGGCUGCUGGUUUUACAGACCCAAUGAGACUUUCCAUCUCGCCACACGCAAAUUUCUGGAGAAGGAAGUCUUUAAAAGUGACUACUACAAUAAAAUUCCUGUUAACAAAAUUCUGGGAAAAUGUGUUGUAAUGUUUGUUAAGGAAUACUUCAAGCUCAGCCCCGAGGGUUUUAGACCCGAGGACGUGUUUGUCUGUGAGUCCCGUUACUCAGCCAAAACCAAAUCGUUCAAAAAGAUCAAGAUGUGGACCAUGCCCCUGAGCUCGGUCAAGUUUGUCCCUCGUGACGUGCCCUUACCUGUUGUCCGGGUGGCCUCUAUGUUUGCUCCGAAACCCGAAAGUGAGAAAGCUGCCGAGCCGACAGAGGACAACAAAAUUGUGGCCGCGAUUAUUGAUAAGGAGAGGGAGGACGUUCCCGUGGAAAUGAGCAACGGCGAGCCGGGCUGUCAAUAUUACGAUCAGCUCUGCUACAACGACAUGUGGCUGAAAGUGGGAGACUGCGUCUACAUCCGUUCCCAUGGCCUAGUGCGCCACCGUGUGGGCAGGAUUGAGAAAAUGUGGGUGCGGGAUGGGGCCGCCUACUUUUUCGGGCCCAUCUUCAUCUAUCCUGAGGAGACCGAACAUGAGCCCACCAAGAUGUUCUAUAAAAAGGAGGUGUUUCUAAGCAACCUGGAGGAGACCUGCCCCAUGACCUGCAUUACUGGAAAGUGCACAGUGUCCUCAUUCAAAGACUACCUUUCGUGCCGUCCGACCGAAGUGCCUGAAGAUGACGUGUUGCUGUGUGAGAGUCGUUACAUUGAGAGCGAAAAGCAGAUGAAGAAGUUUAAAGGGUUGAAGCGAUUCUCCCUUUCUGCCAAAGUAGUCGAGGAUGAAAUCUAUUAUUUUAGGAAGCUGAUUGUGCCUCAGAAGGAACCAUCUCCUCUGCUGGACAAGAAGAUCGAGGAGCUGGAGGCCAAAUUUGCCGAAAUGACAGACGAAGAGUUGGAAGACCUGGGUGAGGACGAUGGGGACGGCUUGGACGGACAGGGAAUGUCUCAGCUCCAGGCGCCACUACACAGCGAUCUGGACAUGUUGUCCUACACGCCGAUACAGUCCACACCAAAAUCCUUUAAGGGCCUGUCGAAGAAGGAGGGCGCGAAGAGGAAGAUCAACAUGAGCGGCUACAUCCUGUUCAGCAGCGAGAUGCGGGCAGUGAUCAAGGCCCAGCACCCGGAUUUCUCUUUCGGCGAGCUCAGCCGUCUCGUGGGCACCGAGUGGAGAAAUCUGGAGUCGGCCAAGAAAGCAGAGUAUGAAGAGAGAGCAGCCAAAGUGGCGGAGCAGCAGGAGCGUGAGAGAGCGGCUCAGCAGCAGAACUCCCCGAGAGCAGGUACCCCAGUAGGGGCGCUCAUGGGGGUAGUUCCCCCUCCGAGCCCUAUGGGGAUGCUUAACCACAGCAUGACUCCUAUGGCAGGCAUGAUGGGUAGCUUUCUUCGGCCACCCAUGCUGCCGCUGCCAGGUCCAGUUAAUGGCAUUGUUAGCAUGGCUGGCAUACCGCCGCAUUUCCUGCCUGUCUUACACCGCUAUCUCCCUCCGGGCAUGUAUGGCUUCCCUGGCAUGCGCUACCCGGGUAUGAAUGGAAUGGGCCCUGGAUCUGCAGCGAACUCCUAUGGAGCCCAGGCAGGGAUGCUUGGUGCCAAUCAACAGGCCCCGCCCCCUUACCCAGGACAAGGGCAGGUGGGCCAACCCUCCCUCCAGCAGCCCUCCACCCCAAUAUUCGUGGCUCCUCCACCGAAACCACAACGGCUCCUCCACUCUGAGGCCUACCUGAGGUACAUAGAGGGGCUCAACGCAGAGUCGUCUACGGUCAGCAAAUGGGACCAGACGCUGUCCGCUCGAAGAAAAGACGUCCGCCUCACGAAAGAACAGGAGAGCAGACUUCCGUCUCACUGGCUGAAGAGCAAAGGGGCACACACCACCAUGGCCGAUGCCUUGUGGCGCCUGAGAGACCUCAUGUUAAGAGAUACACUAAACAUCAGACAAACCUACAAUGUCCAGAACAUCUAAACCAGCACCGGAGUGCCACAGCGGCGCCUCCUAACAGAUCCGAUUCAACUCAUCGGGUUUAACUGGAUGACUUCAGUCAGGGGGCUUCACGUUAAGAAAACACUGAACUGUGGCACUCUGAGAUCUGACACGAUCCGUUAUAACGAUUCAUUCCUGUUCAUCGGCUAACACAAGAGUCACCUUUAGAGUCUGAAUGUGUUGUUUUGUAAAACGUAGUCCUUUGUGUUCGUGUGUGUGUGUGAUUUGACUCCUAGCACUUUGAACGAAUUUGUGUUUUAGUUCGUUAUUAAAUGUUGCUCUAAGAUAGAGAUUUUCAUGAAAUCUUCUACGAUUGUUGAUGCCUUCAUUUUCCAUGCGCCAUUUCUAAGAUAGAGAGACUUUCAUACAGUGUUGUGAAACAGUCGUUCGAUGACUUUGUUUAUUUUAAGACCUUGUCCUUGGUUAGGAAAGUAAAACCGUCUUAUUGUUGCCUGUAAGCAUUUUGAAACGCAGCUUUAGUUCAGUAAAGUGGUUUCCUACCAGAAGUAGGUGUUUUUUUUUUUUUUCAUGAGGUGUGGUUUUCUUAUAUUUUCAUUUAGAUGAACUUUAAAGAAUUUCAUAGAACAAUAUCAUUUGCUGCUGAGCCAGUGCUUCAAUAAACUGCCAU